AUGUCUUCUACGGAGGCCAACCAAGCCGUCGUCAAGAAGUUCGGCUCCGGCGAGCGGUCUGUGCCCCAUCACUCCCAGAAGGCCAGAAAGUGGUAUCCCGCCUACGACGAGCCUCAACGCAAGAAGGCCCGCAAGACGCUUCACCCAGCCAAACCUCGAGCAUCGCUACAACCUGGCGCUGUCCUGAUCCUCCUCGCCGGUCGAUUCCGCGGCAAGCGAGUCAUUCUCCUCAAGAACCUCAAGGAAGGCGCACUCCUGGUCACCGGCCCUUUCAAGAUCAAUGGCGUGCCUCUCCGACGAGUGAACUCCAGAUACGUCAUUGCCACAUCCACAAAGGUCGACAUCAGCGGACUGGAUCAGUCAACGCUGGAUAAGAUCGCCAGCCCAGAGUACUUCGCGCGGGAAAAGAAGAGCCGGAAGCAGAAGGGCGAGGAGGCUUUCUUGAAGCAGGGCGAGAAGCCUGAGAAGAAGGCUCCGGCAUCCCAACGUGCUGCCGACCAGAAGGCCGUUGACAAGCCCAUACUGUCCGCCAUCAAGAACGAAGAGUUCCUCGCGAGCUACCUCAAGUCCAGCUUCAGCCUGAGACACGGCCAGAAGCCCCACGAAAUGGCCUUCUGA